GGACAAAUGAACCGACUGUCAAUGAUUUAUAAGUUCCUGCUGUUUUUUGAACCAGCGACCACCUGAAAAACAUAUGUAGGAUCUGUAAAUUAGGAAGAAAUGAAGGUGUUAAACAAAGAAGAGCUUCAGAUGGCUGAAGGAGUCCUGCUCAACCACUUCCCGCGGAGCUUUAAGGUCUAUGGUUUCCUCUACGGGAUUAACAGAAACAAGCCGAGCACUUUAGAGGUUGUUGUUGAUUCCUGGCCAGAUUUUAAAGUGAUCCUCCUGCGCCCUGAUCCCAAGAACAAACAUUCCCAGGACUUUACGAAAAAGGUUUCCUUCUACAGCAGAGAUGAGGAAGUUUUAAGGAAAAUGCUGAGAGAAGAAGUGGACUGGAGUGCUUACUUCCUAAUUGGAGGUUUUGAUUUUUCUCAUUCACUUACUAUCAAAGAAGUUUCCUCUGAAAAGAAAGUGAACAACAGAGGCUUUACAUCAGUGCACCUUCUUUAUCUUUCUGACCUCAGCUGUCUUCUCACACCAGAUAUUGACAGCCAACUCAAAACAAGGAUUUCAUCACUCAAUCUCUCCCACGUUGACAAGGUGAAUAAAACCUGGAAGUUUGGUGGGGAUAAGAAGGGUUACAGGAACAUUAAAAACCUGAUUAGCAAUUUCCCAACCUGUUGCAUUAUGGACACUCAGGGUGAGCCAGUGGCUUGGAUCUUGGUGUAUGAUUACUGCGCUUUGGGUAUGUUAUACACACUUCCGGAACACAGAGGAAAAGGUUAUGCCAAGGUUUUGAUCAGCACCAUGGCCAAGAAGCUCCAUGCAGAGGGCUUUCCAGUUUACUGCUUCAUAGAGGAAGACAACCUGGUGUCCUAUAAGCUCUUCCAAAACAUGGGCUUCACUGAGGAUGAUUCAUACAGGGCACUCUGGUUUGAGUUGAACUUUUGAUCUGGGAAAUGAAAGAAGCAGCAGUUUUUUGACUCCUCUGGGUCAAAAUGUCAUUAAACUUGAAGAGAACAUUUUAUAAUUGUAGUUGCUGUUUUACAAAUUCAUACCUUGAAAGAAUGAUUUGCAUUUGCAGUUACUUACAUACAAGUUAAAUCAAAUCAACUUUUUAAGCUGUUUUUUUUUAUUUCAAUAAAUGUUUUUUACUCAAAACUCAGUAAAUGAAUUAAAAUAAUUAGAACAGUCACCUUUCAGGCAUAUCCUUUUUGAUUUU